AUGAAGUAGGACAUAUCAUUCUCCUUCUUUCGUUUUUUUUUCAUCUGUUUUCAUCUAUGGAUUUUCUUUGGUUUUCGGAUUGUGCAGGACGCAUCACGCAGGUGAUCAUAGAGUAACUUAUUUAAAGUGCAGGUGAUUGUGAUUAAGUACGAGAAAGUGUGGUUGAUAGUUGAUACUGGACAGCGACUGAUUACUGCAAGUGAUUAGACUUUGGCUGCGUAGUAACGUGAUUAAAUUUUAGAAGCGUGUUCUAUUUUUAGCGAGUGCAAGUGCGAGUAGCUCAGUAGCCACGUCCCGCGCAACCUUCCUUCCCCCUGCGAGUGCGACCUCCAUGAGUAUAAUUAUAAUAUUAUGUGUUCUGUGGACUGUGCAAGUUACCGCUGUGCUUACCCCUCGGCCCUCACCCCUCACUCGCAAGUCGCAGCGUGCCUGCCACUAAACAGGUCACUGGUCAGGCAGUGUUUGUUUAGUGUUUAGCUAGCGACGGACGCUCGUGUUAUUUUCCAAAAAAAUGGCAAAGUGGACCGAAGACAUUACCUAUAAAUUUGUGCAGGAGUAUUUAAAAUAUGAAUGCCUUUAUAAUUGUAAAUCCGCUGGCUAUAAAAAUAAGAGAGCCCGAGAUGCGGCACUUUUAUGUAUAAGUGAAGCUAUGAACAUACCAGGGUUUGGAAGUAAAGAAGUUUAUACUAAAAUAAGAAACUUGAAGUCCACAUAUUCGCAAGAGGUAAAGAAAGUUAGAUUGAGUACAAAAUCGGGGGCUGGAAGGGAUGCGAUAUAUAAUCCACGGAUAAAAUGGUUCAAAUUAUUUGACGAUGCUUUAAAAGCUGUAAAAGUACAGUGCAGUGACUCAGGGGGUAAUGUUAUGCAGCUGGAUUCUUGUGAAAUACUUGACGAAGAUGAGUCUUACACAUCCCAGCCCGAUCCAUUAGCUGAAAAAAAUAAGCCCGACCCUGACGCUACACCUGAAUUUGAAGAUGAAGAAAGAAAUUCCCCUAUUCCUCGUAAAAGGACAGCACGGGAAACAAUCAAUACACGCAUGCCAACAGAAACAGAAACAGAGUUUGAUAUAUUCGGGAAAAGUGUAGCUGCUCAUCUUAAAAGUUUGCCAAUCCACAAAGCAAUAGAAGGACAGAUGUUUAUCCAAAAUUAUCUUUGCAAUUUACGUCUGGAAGAAAUGGGCCACGGAACAUCUAAUUACACAUAUAGCCCGUCACCAAAUUUUAAGUACAAGUCUUCACCAUCACCGACUAACACACUGCCACCACGACACUCUCCUUACACAAAACCACAAGAAGAAUCUCCUUAAACACAACCACCAGGAGACUCUACUUACACACAACCACCACGGUCCACGAGACUCUACUAACACAUAACCACCAGGACUCUACUUACUCACAACCACCAGGAGACUUAUACACAACCACUACGAGACUCUCCAUACACACAACAACCACGAGACUCUACUUAAGCGGGGAAUUGACUACUGGGCUGCCCGCUACAG